AUUUAAAGCAGCAGCAGCUGGUCUACGGGUCCAUGGACCCGGCGCAGGGGCAAAAGCACUCACUCGCCUUCUCCACCUCUCCCCCUCCGUAUCGUCUGCUCCCUCGCGCAUGCUCCAAAAAGCUCUACCCCUCCUCCCCUCCCCCGCUUUCCUCUCCUCGCCUAGGGUUUCCCACCCCCAUGUUUCUCCCCAAACCCUAGCCUCCUCCUCGCCGCCGCAGCCUUCCCCGGCCAUGGCCGCUACUGCCGGAGCCGGCGCCGGCGACUACUCCUUCGCGGCGGAGUACGAUGGCCCGCCGCUCCCCUACUCGCUCCCGCGCGCCAUCCCGCUCGACCUCUCCCGCAUCCCGCUCGCCUCGCUCACGUCACCACCGGUUUCGCCCUGCGCCUCCUCGUCCCCGCUCCCUGUCGUCCGCCCGCUCACCCCGUCCUCCCUCUGCUCCGCCGUCCACGCCCACCCCGUGCCCCACUCCGCCGCGCCCGCCCCCGCUGGGGGAGCAGCGGUGGUGGACUCCCCCACCUCGGUCAUCGAGAACCACCACGCCGCGGCGCACCACUCCGCCGAGCUCCCCUCCUCCCCCUCGGACGACGAGGGCGCCGGUGACGGCGGCCUCCAGGCGCUGCCGCCGAAGCCUCACCAGCCCGCGGUCACCUUCGCCGAGACCAGUUGCUCCCUCCUCCAGUCCUCUGACGACGAGGACGAGUACGAGGAGGAGGAUGACGACAACGAUGCUGCAGCGGAGGAGGCCCGGUCCUGCGCCGCCGGUCACUCGAGCGGCUCCCUCUCCCCCGCGCACCAGAGUGGGGGCAGGCCCCGCGGCUGCUACCGAUGCGGGAAGGGGGGAGGCUUCUGGGGCCGCGGCGACAAGGAGUCGUGCCUCGCCUGCGGCGCGCGGUACUGCGCGGGGUGCGUGCUCCGGGCGAUGGGGUCCAUGCCGGAGGGCCGCAAGUGCCUGGGGUGCAUUGGUCAGCCCGUGGCUGAGUCGAGGCGGGACGCUCUGGGGCGAGGUUCGCGCGUGCUGCGGCGGCUGCUCAGCGCGGCGGAGGUGGAGCUUGUCAUGAGGAGUGAGCGGGAGUGCGCCGGGAACCAGCUGCGGGCCGAGGACGUGUACGCCAACGGGGCCAAGCUGUCUCCUGAGGAGCUCGUGGUGCUGCAGGGCUGCUCGUGCCCGCCUUCCAGGCUACGGCCUGGGUUCUAUUGGUACGACAAGGUGUCCGGCUUCUGGGGGAAGGAGGGACACAAGCCCCAUUGCAUAAUCAGUCCAAAUCUAAACGUUGGAGGUUCUCUAGAUCAGAAAGCAAGCAAUGGGAACACCGGAAUAUUGAUUAAUGGACGAGAGAUUACAAAAUCUGAACUGCAAAUGCUGAAGUUGGCAGGAGUCCAAUGUGCUGGGAAACCUCACUUUUGGUUGAAUGCUGAUGGGACUUACCAAGAGGAAGGCCAAAAAACCGUUAAAGGGAAGAUCUGGGAUAAGCCUAUAGUGAAGCUUCUUAGUCCUGUCCUGUCAUUGCCGACACCUAAUAAAGCAGCUAAUCAAUGUGGCGAAGAAGCUAUUCACAUGGUAAAUCGAGUCAUCCCUGACUACCUGGAGCAAAAGACAACCCAGAAGCUAUUGUUGGUUGGGUCUGGGGCGAGCACCAUACUCAAGCAGGCAAAGUUCUUGUACAAGAGCAAACCCUUUUUGGCCGAUGAACGUGAAGAUCUGAAACUAGUCAUACAAAGCAACAUAUACAACUACCUUGGUAUAUUACUUGAAGGUCGUGAAAGGUUUGAAGAGGAAGCUUUAGCUGAUAGAAGAAAAAUCAGUCAAUGUGACCCUUCUAGCUCUGGCUGUUGUGAAUCUGGGUUCUGUGAUGAUGCUACUGAAUACUCCCUUAUUCCGCGCUUGAAAGCAUUCUCUGAUUGGAUUCUUAAAGCAAUGGCUUUAGGUAAUCUUGAAGACAUCUUCCCUGCAGCUAGUCGUGAAUAUGCACCACUUGUUGAGGAACUAUGGAAAGAUCCUGCUAUUCAAGCUACAUAUAGACGAAGAAGUGAACUGCUGUUCCUUCCGUCUGCUGCCAGUUAUUUUCUUGACAAGGCUGUUGAUAUUUCUCGAACAGAAUAUGAGCUCUCUGAUAUGGAUAUACUCUAUGCUGAUGGGAUAACAUCCUCAGAUGGGCUAGCAUCAACAGAAUUCUCUUUCCCCCAGCUAUCUUUGGAUGGAUUGGGUGCUGAUGAGCCUGAUCCACAAGACACCUUGCUAAGGUACCAGCUGAUCAGAAUAAACAAUAGAGGUUUGCAUGGGAACUGCAAAUGGCUGCAAAUGUUUGAUGAUGUAAGGCUUGUUAUCUUCUGUGUUGCUGCUAGUGACUAUGAUGAGUACUAUGAGGAUGCACAUGGCACCGUUGUCAACAAGAUGAUAGAGAGCAGGCACCUAUUUGAGAACAUUGCCCUUCAUCCAACAUUCGAGCAAAUGGAUUUCCUUCUGCUCCUCACCAAGUUUGAUCUCCUAGAGCAGAAGAUUGACAAAUCUCCGCUAACCUCAUGUGAUUGGUUCGACGACUUCACUCCCCUGCUCAGCCGCAAUUUGAUCAAUGGCAGCAGGAGAAGCACACGCAGCAGCCACACUGGCGCAACUUUGGCGCAGAUGGCCACACACUACAUUGCGGUGAAGUUCAAGAGGCUGUUCCACUCGCUCACGGAGCAGAAACUUUAUGUAUCCUGUGUGAACGCCCUGGAUCAGGAGUCGGUCCGUUCAGCGAUCCGUUACAGCCGGGAGAUUGUGAAGUGGGAAGAAGAGAAGCCCGUGUUUGGUGCCAGCGAGACGAUUUACAGUGAGGAGCCGAGCUCCUACUCUCGCUGACGUGUGACCCUUUGUUGCAUGCAGAAGAGGUGUAAAUAUUUGUGCAUUACCUCUCCCAUGCUCUCUGUUAGUUGUACUCAUUCCUUUUGUUCGUCGCUGAUCAUUGUGUGUAUGCUUGUUAGUUAUUCGCAAUUAGAAUGAUUAAAUGCGUGAGGAUUACCCAUUCAGAUUCUUGUAAAUUGGAAUACAAGUUGCUUGCAUUUGGCUGGCGCAAGUCCCAGAUGAAUGGCUCUUUUGUCUUCAGGAA